UGACCGCGCACUUCUAUUUCCGGGACAAAAAGGUAUGCAAACAAACACUCAGGCUUACUUUAAUGCAAACAAAUCCGCAUUAUACCUCACUUUAUAAUCCUUUGACGUAAUUAUACGUAACGUUUGAUUGCUCAACAAAAGGCAACGCCAUCAUCUGCGGAUAGCCAGCUUCGUUGCGUUUCGUUUCCGUCUUGAGGAUUCUCUGAAUUUACUGAGUACGGGGUACAAUGUCCACAAAAUGCUUGGAUUGCUGUAAGGCUGUCUCUUCUCGCUCGAAGGCCGUUCAAUGUUCCUUCUGCGAAGCGUGGCUUCACAUUGCAUGUUGUAACGUCAGACAAUAUCUCUACGAUCCACUGCAAAGGACCAUUUCCUCAGUCGUCAUCCUUAUGUGUGACUCUUGUCGGACUGGGCUGAGUGUCAGGCGUGUUUCGGAUGGUCUACCUGCAAUUAGUCCAUGUACUUCAUGUCUCCAUUCUGUGCAAAAGAAAAAGGAUGAACCGCUGCUCUCUAUUUUGCCUUUGUCUGUUGCUGUCCUCGACACGUCCCCUCCAAAGCAAACUCUUGUUUUUUCAACCUCAUCCCCAGAACCAUCGCCCAUUGUCCGGCAGUUCAAAGAACGCAAGGAGAGGACGUAUGCAGUGGUAGCGGGUAGCAGCGUAACUCCGGUACCCAUGAUCCCAGAGACCGCUAAAUAAGCUGAAGAAGAAGAAGGC